AUGACAAUAUUCUGCCAACACACAAAGAGUGUAUAUUGGACAUGUGUCAACAUUUUGGCCAACACGUGUCAAACUGCAGCCACACGCCCCCUGCAUAUUGAACCCAACCCCAUCCCAUCGCCGAGCUCUUCUUUUCCGAUAGACGGUGUUGUCGCCGCUGGCAGAGACAGACUUGGGUGCCGUCUUCGCUCGUGGAAGGUCUGCUCGCUUCUCGAUCCUCUUCUCCUCAACGUCGAGUGCUUGUUUGGAAUUGUUGGUGACGCCGCCGCGAAGGGCUUCUUCAUUGUCGUCUGUGCUCGAUUUGUUGGUGCCCAUCUCUCUCUUCGAGUUCUCUCUCUAUUCGAGGCUUCGAGCUCUCUCUGUCUCUCUCUUUCUCACUGUGACGUGUCUCUCUGCUCGGCUGUGGAGUAUUCACCGCGCCGUCACCUUCUUUCCUCCCUCGCCGCCGCCUCUGAGACUGCUAAUUACAAGAGGGCUACUGAACUAGAAGACAUCAUACGUAGGAAGAAUUCGACGAUCUCAAAAUUAAAGAAGGAUUUGGUGGUUCUAGAACAAAAGGUUAUGCAGCUUACUAGAGAACGCCGAGCCUCCUUCACUGCCUUUUAUUUAAUAUUUAAUUAAACCGGUUGAAUUCCGGUUAAACUCCAAUUGAAC